UGUAGGAGAAGCUUGUAGUUGCUGAUAUACCUAAACACGAUGUUUGUGACGUUUAUAUCAAUGCUCUCAGCCGGAAAGUAAUUGGCAGUCAAAGCAGACAUGAGCAGCACCAAAUUUGAUGUCCUGUGGUCUCCAAGUGCCGCAGACCAGUUCAUAAAGUAUGGAACUUCCCUUGAUCUGUACCAGGUGGAGAAGCGACGCCUAGGACAGACCUACAGAGGUACAGCAAUCUCUGACGACUUCUGUGCUGUCCACGUGGCCACCAACUCAGAAAUCAACCUCAUCAAGUGUGUAGCCUGGUACCCUCGCCCAGAGCCACGGAACCUUCUGGCUGUGGGCCACACUAACGGCAAAGUCGUACUGACAAGCUUUGGAAACAAUGAAGAUGAACUUAUUGGAAAAGAGUUUUUACACAAUGCCAAGCACAGUCGACAGUGCAGCUACUUAGCAUGGAAUCCCGAGGAAACACAUCUUCUGGCUGAAGGAUUCAGUGAGCGCUACCGCAAUGACCCCUGUAUUGUCAUCUGGGAUGUGUUUGCAUCAGCUGGAACAGACAUGUCAACUUCCACGAGAGGUCUCGUAUCAGCACCAACAGCGAGUGGGGGGUCGUAUCAAAACCUCUGUUUGAAGUAGGUAGGUAUCUGUUUUUGUGGCUAUACUGGUGUAUCAUGUCAGCACAAACAGCAAGUGGGGGUCGUAUCAAAACCUCUGUUUGAAGUAGGGUCUGGGAGUGGUGAUACGAGCACAUCCUUCUGCUGGUUUGUCAGUGAAUCAAAGACCUUCGUGACUGGCGUCAACAACAGACACAUGCGGGUCUACGACCUCAGAGAUUUAACGAGACCUCACCUUCAGAAUCAACACAAGGGCGUCCUAGGUCUUUGUGUCGACCCGCUGUCCGAUAAACAGUUGGCAUCAUUUGGAGAAAAUCAAGUUUCUGUAUGGGAUCUCAGAAGCUUUGAAAAACCUGUUUUGACUCUCCCAGAAAACAAGUCGGUCAUCAAGAUCAGCUGGUGCCCCACUAGGUCUGGGAUGCUGUCUGUGCUGUGUAAGGACAACAACGUGGUCAAGCUGUAUGACAUCAGACACUCGGUGUUCGGCGCUGAUGUUAUGGAGCCUGCUCUUGUGGAAAGAAACAUCCAACCCUGUAAAGAUUCUGUGAUAUCGUCCUUUGCCUGGCACCCAACUCACGAGAACCGCCUCCUGUCCGUUACUUCAUCUGGUGAAGUGCGGGACACUGUCAUCUUUGAGAGAAUUCCUAUGAAGUGGUCACCGUCCUUCCACCUGACGUGGGCGUGUGGGAAGAAGACGGUUGACUGUAUCCAGACUGACCUGUCCAGACAGCAUGUGGACAUCUCCACCAGGAUGUACAACAGGGUCAAGAUGGGGUAUGGACUGGACUCCGAGAUGUCCAGUCUGGACAGCGUGGGGCCUGCUAUAGACUAUGAGUCUCACCUGCACGGACUGUGGAAGUGGCUGUUCUCAAUAAAGGAUUACAUGAACGAGAGUGAGCCGACUUCCAUUCUGAAGAAUUCUGGUAUUGGCAUCAGGGGUAUACUCCAAGUUGAUGACAGCCGAGGCCAGCAAGAACGUGUACAAGUCCUGAUUGGCGUGGAUGGCAUGCUGAACCAGGGCAGGAUCGUCAACCAGUAUGUCAGUCGAGAGAGGUCGGUGGUGCUGCAGCUGUGUGGCUGGGGAAGAGAAGAUGACAAGUUUGGAUCUCUCAAGUCCCUACUUGAAAAUUUGCAGGAGAAAGGAUUCUUUGAGAAGGCAGCCGCUCUUGCUCUAUUCAACCUCCGUCUGAAGGAAUCACUGGAAAUACUGAGUCAAGGUGCUAGCCGGUCGCCAGAUCACGGGAACCUGAAUGCUGUUGCCAUGGCGCUGGCGGGCUACUCAGAUCAGAAGUCGACUCUGUGGCAGAAGACGUGCAACAGUCUGCGGAACCAGUUAGAGGACCCGUACCUCCGUGCCAUGUUCGCCUUCCUCACCGGUGACCGACAGAACUACAAGGAUGUGUUGGAUUCAGACAUGGCUGUUGAAGACAAGGUGGCCUUUGCCUGCUCUACCUUCCGGACCCCAGGCUUGUCCACUUCAUUCGACAAACUGACCAAUGAUCUCAUCUCUGCUGGGAACCUGGAUGGCAUCAUGCUCACUGGCAUGACCGCAGAGGGCCUUGACCUUCUGGAGAACUACAUUGAUGCAACCAGCGACGUCCAGACAGCCGCCCUGGCUCUCGUGUGCUCCUUCCCCCAUGCCAUCGCUCAGGACGAGCGGAUACACACCUGGAUAGAAAGUUACCGCAAACUUCUGGAUAGAUGGAGACUAUGGCAUCACAGGGCCAAGUUUGACAUCCUGUACCACAAGAGUGACCCAGGCCAGCGCAUCCCCAGCCAGGUGUUUGUUGGCUGCAACUUCUGCGGGAAGUCCAUCACUAGCACGUCCACCAUGAUCGCCCGCUCCACAGGUUACCGCACACAUGUCGGCAGAGCCGCGGCUUACAAACCACGGGUAACCUGCUGUCCUAGUUGUCGCAAGUCUCUCCCUCGCUGCACGCUCUGUCUCACAAAUCUGGGCACUGCCUCAGGGACAGGUGUCGGCGAACUCAAGGGACACCCAAGCACCGUGAAGAUGUCGAUGUUUGAUGACUGGUUCACAUGGUGUCAGUCCUGUCGCCAUGGUGGCCAUUCCUCUCAUAUACAGAAUUGGUUCAGCGAGCACACGGAUUGUCCCGUGACAGACUGUAGCUGCAAGUGUAUGAAGAUCGACUCACUGGGCCGCGUCAUGGGCAGCGAGAGUAUAGCAAUGCCUGUUGUUGCAGCCACGUGACAUGAAAUGAUAUUAUUGCAGAAAACUUCAUAACUCCCAGUUAAAAUAAGAAGAUUUAUUCUUUUUAUUUAUUUAAACUACUUGAUACUUUAUCUGAAACUUUUGAAAUGUUAAUUGUGAUUUACAGAAAAGGAAUCAUUCAUAUAUACUGAAAUUUAAAGGUCACAUGGAACCAAAAAAUCAAACAUAAUUAAAACACAAUUAUCACUUAUUCAUGACCUAAAAUAU